GUAGCCCGCCCUCCUACCUCCGCCCUCGGCGCUCCUCCCUCCCAUCUCGUCCGAGUGGCAGUUCUCGCCAUGAACUCGCCGGCGCCGCUCAGCGCCCUCGCCGAUCCUAUGGCGCUGGCCCGCCUCCAGAUCCUCCUAGUCCCCGUGCACCGCGACCAUGAUGGGGCCGAGCCACUCCUGGAAUCAGUGUAUGAGCACUGGUCUAAGCUCUUCCGGAAACAUCAAACUCUACGCGGCGACGAGAUUGUGUACGGUGCUCAAGGCUCGCAGGCGCAUCGGCGUGGCGUACCCGAGUCUCCACGCUCUCGAUUCCUUCCCUCCUCACCUGGUGCUUCCAUCUCACGCGCAGCUGGCGCGAGUACCGUUCAGCUCGCCUUUCCCUCCCACGCCCCAGCCAAGCAUCUCUACGCCCUCAGCCUUCUGCGCAUGUCGGCGUUUCCUCUCGUCGUCAUCGGCAUUGGUGUCGAUGAUGCUGUGGAAGGCUUCACGGUCGGCACCGAGACGCCCAAAGAAGAUAGGGCGUCCGCAACACAGGCGUGGACCCAGACUUUCGCCCAGACGCUGAAUGACAUUAUGCCUGCGACGUCUGCGUUCCCGCUCGUUAGGCGACUAGUUCUUGUGCCCUCCCAGGUUCCCACAUCUGACCGGCGUAUCGCCGCGAGCGGCACUCCUCGCGUAUCAGGCAUCAACACACCACGAACGUCUGUCGCCGGCGGCGCCUCGCCCAGCUCCAGCUUCAUUCGCUAUGCACCCGCUGAGGGCGGAGACAGCUGGGCCUCAAAGUUGUUGGGAGAGGUCAUCGGUGACGUCUAUGGCGAACUCGGCGAACUGGCCGCAUCCCUCGAGUCACCGGCUGGCAUGAAAACGCUGUCGGGAACGCUCCUCCCGUCUUUGUCCACUCUUCCAGAACAAAAUGUGACCCCGCGCUCCUCUAUACAGUCUCCGCCGCCUGGGCCGGCAACCCCGGAACAUACCCGUCGGUCUUCAGGAAUGGUCAGGACCAACUCAUUGCCGCUUGUCCCAUCAAUCUCCAGGCAGCCUGUACGAACUCUCACGCCCGGCGGUCGCCCCACAUCUGUACAAGGCCCAUCGGCGCCUCCCAUUCAGUCAAGCGUUAUAUCUCCAGCGGCACCUUCUCCGACGACCUCGAUCUCGUCAAACCCAUUCAAGCGAACUUCAAUGCUCUCUUCGCCCUUCAAUCGAGCAUCCUCGGCAGGUUCUCCUGCUGCCACUAAGGAGAGCAAGGACGCAUUGGGCAUUGCACGUUACACCUCGGCCCCCUUGACGGGCAUCGCCGGCGGUCGCCUUCUCAAGCUUCUUGGUGAUAUGUAUAUUCUCACCGGCAAGUACAGCGACGCCAUCAAGUGUUAUGAUGAAGGAGCAGAAAAGUCCCGCGGCGUCGGUGACGUGCUUUGGGAGGCGUUGGCUCGCGAAGGACGAGCUGUCGCCGGGAUAGGCGAGGCUUGGGAGGGCAGGGACGGUUCUACGCACUCAACGCCAUUUCCCUCCUCGCCAAUUCCAGUCGAAAUAUUGUCUCACUACCUUUCCGCAUUGGCAUGUCUUUCGCGCGCUCCCCUUCCGUUCCCGCCGAGCUCCACAAUUCUCUCCCCUUCCCCUCAGCGAGAUUCGCUAUCCCUCCCACCCACAACCUCACUCUCUCCCACUAUAGUUGGCACUGGAGAGGGGCUUCUCGCCUAUCUGUACAGUUCGCUGUGCAUUCGCAUCAGCCACUUCGUAUUAACCAUCUUCGCCGCUGGCGGGUGGGGCUCUAUCGCCGUCUCAUCCCUCAUUGCCCACGCCCUCCCCCGCUCAUUCCCGCCACCGGUAGAAGAUGGCAACCCUCGGCGCAUCCGUACGCGUCGCUUAGCAUUGGCACAACUAGCCGCCGAGUCGCAACUAGCCCGCCACACCCUUCUGGGUCACGCCGAGGCCGGUAUUGCGUCCUUCCGGAAGGCGAUGGCCAAGCCGGAGCAGCUGGCAGUCUACGUCGAGGUCGUCCGCAUCGCAAGAUGGCUUGAUAUGGAGCGCAAAGAGGCCGCAGCGACGAGGGAAGUUCUCAAGCUUGUGGGUGCGAUCGUCGUUGAAGGUCGAGAACAACAUCGUCGGCUCCUGUCGCAGGCGGCAGCGAGAGCCCAUGGCACAGACUUUUCUCGGAUGGAAGGUGCGAUGGGGUAUGGCAUGGGCGUGCCGGUCUCUGCAGUCGUUGCGCGACGGAAGGAGGCGUCCGCCGGUAACCCUGGGAUUACAGAGCUCAUCGAGCGCAUCUGCGCCGUUCUUGGCAUUGAUAUUCUCGCGUUUGGUAACGCUCACCGGGACGAUCAAGUUUCUAAACAAGGAGACACGGCCGACGAACCACACUUUGGAUGGCCUGACCUCCAGGUCGAGGUUAUCAAGGAAGCUAUCACCAUCGCAGAGUCAUUGCCAGAUCAACUCAGCGUCGUACGUCUCUGUCUCUCGGCGCUACGCUCGUUGCAUCCGCACCUAAGCCAGGCAAACCAGGCGCAGCUUUCCAAGCUUUACGUACAGGCCAUCUCGACCUUGCGCAGACGCGCCAUCGAGGUGGGCCCCCUACCUUGGUGGGUCCCUGGUCGUAUGGUUCUCAGUGUCGAGAUUGCUGCCUUAACCUCCAACAAAGUGCCCAUUGAGCAUGCACGCGCGGAGAUGGAGCAGGUGGAGCAAAAGCAAGGCUCUAAGGACCCAUUCCUUUACAAUCCGCGUCUCAAAGCUGUGGAACAGGGCAAGACGCUGCUUGUUGCCAACGAGCAGGUCGACGUCUUCGUCACACUCCGGAAUCCGUUUGCUUUCGACCUGGAGAUCCAGGAUCUGUCUCUUCUGACCACGGGUUCGCCAUUCAUGACCAAUCCCUUGCCCCUUAUCCUUCCCUCCUCAUCGGUCCAGACGGUCCGCAUCACAGGCAUCGCGCCUGCGCCGGGGGCCCUGCAAAUACGUGGCGUCAAUAUCCGCCUUGCAGACGGCGCGUCGGCCGAAUUUCUCGUCCCCGUCGCGGAAGCUUCGGGGAAGAAUAGUGACAGCAAACGCCGGAGCGCAGCGCUCGUAGAUCUUGCGAAGGUCAAGAGGCAAGGACUGGAGGCCCGCAAGUCGGUCGUCCCCGGCGCGGACGUUCCACCAGCUCUCCCCGUCCUUGACGAUCGUCGGUGGCUCGAGUGCAACGUUGUUGAGGACCAACCCCUGCUCUGGAUCAAGAACACGUCGCUUAAUCAUGGCACAGUCAUGCUCUACGACGGCGAAACGUCGGUGAUCCGCCUUACUGUCGAGAACAGCUCAGCUCACCCAGUUGACUUUGUCAAGUUGUCCUUUGAGGACUCAGUGUCGCGUGAAGCCCAGUUCCUGCUCGCCGAUGGGGAGCAAACGCCGCAGCAGGCAUACGAGCUCGACUACAGUAUCUCCAAGCAACCUGUGUUCACUUGGGACAGCACGUCUCCCCUCUUGAUUCCCCCCGGGGGUAGAGCGACACUCUCUGUGCGGGUGCUGGGCAAGGUCGGAUGCACGGACGGAACAAUUCACAUCGAUUACGGUUUCGUCAAUCGCGCUGAGACGUCAAACACUUUCUUCACGCGCCGGCUGUCCUACCCGGUAUUGUUUACUGUGUACCGCACGCUCGAAUGCUUUGCGCUCGACCUCGAGAGCAUGCGAAAUGAUUCACAGGCUGAGGCGCGCCAGCGCCUGGCCAACGGCACCACACCCCGAUCAACCGCAUUCGCUACCUCAAGCGACGAGGAACUUAAACGCGCCCUCGCACGCGGCGACGAGCGCAGUGUUCUCUUCUGCAUCAACGUCCGCAACGUGUUCAGUGUCCCGUUCGAGGUGGCGCUGGCUUCGGCGGAGGGUGAGGGCAGGUCUGUAGUGACGCGCCUUGUACCACCAGGCGCGACAGAGCGCCUUGUACUCCCAAUUCAGCGGCAGGCGCUGAGUGCCAAACAGCGCGCACAGGCCAUCCCCUCUGCUGGGCGUCAAUAUGUUGUCGACAAACAGAAGAAGACGAGCGAUGAGCUUGCCCUGGAGCGCGAGACAUUCUGGUACCGUGAGCGCCUUCUAGAUAUGGUCAACAUCAGCUGGCGCGAGCCGAGCUCGCUCCGUGCCGGCGUUCUGUCCCUGCGCGAGCAGCCGUUCUCAAUCUCCCAGCUUGACGCGCUGAGACUCAGCGAGGUUGCCGUUACCCUCGCUGUCUCUCCACGAGACGCCCAAGGGCCCAAAGCGAUGGACUUUGUUGACCUCCAAGUUACUGUCACGAAUCAUCUCGAACGCACUUUGCGCCCGUACGUCCGCCUCGAAGCGUUGCCGACUUCCUCAAAUGACGCGUCAUGGUCAGUGCCGGCUCCGCCACCUGCUCCUCGCCGCUUCAGUAGCUUGCCGGCGACUCCCAUGCCGCUGCCCAAGACAGUUGCGUUCGACGGCGUCCUGGCCGCAACGCUUCCUGCGCUCGCACCCGGCGACAGCGCAAGCCACAUUGUCGGGGCCAUCUUAUUGGCAUCGGGCUCGUAUACUUUCCGUGCUGCGGCCGAGGAAGUUUCCCAGACUGUUACGGCUGCGCCGCCCAACGUGUGUUUCUCCCCCUCGAUCACUGUGCGCGUCCCUUGAUCUCCCCGUUCAAAGGUCGUGUAAACAUACCCUGCAUGCACACCCCCCUGUAACACUGCCCCGUACAAAAGACGAGCAGCUACGUGGCCGCGAUAAGUUUGCUUUUAUAGUCCGCCAGACGACUGUGAAGUGCGCCGAAGUUGACAAGUGACGCGCAUGUUCUCGUGGUACUCCAGGUCGGUGAGAAGCUUGGGCGUAAUAAGGAAGUACUGGCCUGCGUUGUCGCCGCCUGCGCAGGUCACCUGCACCAUCUGAUUGUGCACACUCCGCUCCGC